AUGCUUUCACUGAGCCUAUUUGCAUUUCUCUUCUCAUGCGCCUCUGCUUCAGCGUCAGAGAUUAUGCGUCGAAACACUACUGCUUGCAACAACUCUCCUAGCCUGUGCAGCUUAUCGUACGGAGAGAUUACUCACCUGGGAGCUCAUGACAGCCCUUUUGUGCGAGACGCGAGCACUGACUAUUCGGACUUCGGGAACCAAUACUACAACACUACCGUUCAGCUCUCUGCGGGUGUACGACUGGUGACUGGCCAGGUUCAUAAGAGCGACAAUGAAUGGCAUCUUUGUCACUCGGAUUGCACAUACCUCGAUGCUGGAACUCUAGAGUCCUGGUUGAGCGAAAUCAAAGCGUGGUUAGAUGACAACCCCAACGACGUGGUCACCGUCCUAUUAGUAAACUCAGAUGAUGCUACAGACUCCGAGCUUGGUGCCGUUUUCGAGUCCGCAAAUAUCACGGAUUACGCUUAUACGCCAUCUUCAACGAGUGCCAUUUCAUCAUGGCCCACCUUGCAAGAACUCAUCGACGACGGCACACGUUUAAUGACAUUUAUCGCAUCUCUGUCCUCGAACAGCAACGCUGCAUACCUCAUGGAUGAAUUCGCAUACAUUUGGGAGAAUCCCUACGAUGUCACGUCCGCGUCCAACUUUUCCUGUCUCCCAGAUCGUCCAUCAACUGUAUCUGGAGACACAGCCGCAGCCCUAUCCUCAAACCGCCUACCUUUCAUGAACCAUUUCCUCGACCAGGACAUCGGCCUCGGAAUCCAGGAACCCGACGUGAGUGCCAUCGACACCACAAACGGACAAAACGGUACAGGGAACUUGCUCACAUCCGCCGAUACAUGCAAAUCGGCGUACUCUGGUCGCCAACCCACCUUCAUUCUCGUCGAUUUCUUCGAUAAGGGCCCGGCAAUCGACGUAGUGGACAAAUUGAACAACGUCACCGACGCAACUGGCCGAGUAGCUGUCCCCGAUACCAACAAAGAGGAUGACAGCGGCAGUACCACCACCAGUAGUGGGACAUACGUGGGCUUGACCGAACUCGUGGAUGAUGUGAAAAGCGGUGCUAACCCGAGCGUAGGCAACUGGAUCUGGGUCGGCGGCGACUGGGGUAGCAUCCUCGGGGGCGGCAUCACCUUUUAG